GUUGAAUCAUGCUGUACAUGAAGCCAGCUCGUUUCGUGAAGAACGCCUUCACCAACCCUAAUUACUUCAAGUCGUAUGGAGCAUACGGAGGAUCCGCUUUCCUUUUGGCCAUCUACUUCUGUGAAUGGAAAACCGUCGGACAGUACAUCCCACUCUGGAACAAGCGUUACGUCGAAUAGAUUAAAUCCUCAACACCUAUUCCGAUCGUUGAUUGACUUUUUUAGAAUUAUGAAGAUGUUUAUCUUCUAGAAUCUUUUUGCUCGGAUAAACUUUCUAUUAUU